UAGAACUCCCAGCGCGCAUGAUUUGGAAAACGUGUGGCUUCCUAUGACGUCAACCGUGGGGCCUUAUCUUCGCAUCGAGCAGCCCUCCUCUCUGCAAGCCAACUUCUACAUGGAGUACAACAUCACGGCAUCCGAGGGAUUGGAUGUGUACAUGCGGGAGUUGUCCAGUCUCUCGCCCCCCACCUGUGUCCUGUCCCGCGUUUUGUUUCUACUGACAGUAUCGGUCACAGUAGUAUCCUGCAGAUAGACCUGGCUGUGGAGGCGGCAGUGAUUUCGGACAGGU